AUGACCCCCGGGCCCCUCCCCUCUGGCCACGCCCCUUAUGGCCCCUCCCCUCUCUGCUCACCCGCCGCAACACCACCUCAGAGCGUACCCACGCCUGGAUCUCUCCACAGGGGUAUCACAUCACUGGCCCUGGGGUACGAGGCCGUGCUCCCCGGACCCUCCGCAGACAACAGCCCCCGCGAGAUCCCGCCCCUGCGCGACUCCCUAUCCCCGCACGACUCGCCAAAGCGCGCGAGCCACCGCAUGCGCGAGUUGCGUGAGGGGAGGGGGGUUAUAGUGGGUGAGGGGGUGACUGGGGGUUGGGUGGGGCCCGCUGACCCCAACCAGGCUGACCUGAGGGGACCCUGGGGGAGAUUGCUGUGGGGGGGAUGGGUCCUCUUCUCUGGGGAUGUAGAUCCGGUUGAACCCCGGGCUUCCCUUAACGCGGUCGAGCCUUUCUGUCCUUUCAGAUGCACUGGCGCCAACCGUCAGAGCCCACUGCCAAAUGGGAAAGAGACGACAUGGACAGAAAGAAAGAGCAGAAUCAAUCAGGAAGUGGCAGCCUUUGAGUCGUGCCAGGGAAACCGGGCAACUUCCUGGUUUGGUUUCCUGGGUGACGGGAGUCUGAGCCAGCUGGUGCAGCUCGGCAGAACCAUCAGGGAUAAAGAUCCACACGCUCCUCGGUCUGUUCUACAUGUGAAUAUCUGUGUUCAGAGCCACAUCCAGCUGGGCACACCAGGGAUUCCUGACCCAGUCUGUUAG